CGUCCGCAGGAUGUUUUUAUGCACGUAUUUCCAAAAUUAAUUCAUGUGCCUUUUUAAACAAUUAAUUUAAAGCUUUAGAGGAUACCGUCGGGCCUUGAAAUCGGUCUACACUAUCCCGGAGAUGUAGAGAAGAUGUAAGGCAUACGUAGUUGCAUUUUAACUCAAAAACAGCUUUAACUUGGAAAAAUGUCACGGGCGACAGUGUCAAAGUCCCGUGCGGAUAAAAGUAAGGACAAAGACAAGGAUCGUGGAGGCAGCACGUCAGUCCCUGUGCCCCCCGUCAAUACUGAUGUAAUUCCUGGUCGCUUUACGGAGACAGACUGGGGCUCAUUAUUGGACAAGGAAGAAGGGGAGGAUUUCAUCGUUGAUAUUGUUGGUGACGUCGUCAACUCCGCCCUACAUAUCAUCUAUGAAAACUACAUUCAGAAGCAGCUUUACCCAUACACAGUCACUCAAGCUAGAGAUGCUAUUCUUCAGAUUAUAGAGUGGCAAUUUCUGGCGAGGGAUGAAGGAGAGGAAAUUCCAGAAGAAAACUUCACAUGGCAAGAAGAGGAAGAACCUCAGCCCUGCAUACCAGACGCCUGGGCUCAGGGGUCCGUGCCAAGACAACCGCAGCCUCCCGUAUCACCAGCAAUGUCCGAAGCAGACACGGAGGUAACAUCCGUCAGUCGACUCUCGGAACCGGAGAUCCUGGAUGACCUACCUACCACCAUCAAUGAGACAACAGGGACCAUCGUAGAGGCAGAUGAAACGUACGCACCUGUCCCAAAACCAGAGCAGAUCAAAGAAGAAGCGAUGGAAGAGGUGAAGGAUGAGAAGACGUCUGAACCAGAGAAGACUGAGCCAGUUGAGGUGAAGCCGAGGAAACCCAAAUACAAGCCCCACCGAGGUCCUCUACGAUCAGCCGGGCUAAGGAACAUCACCAAGACGCUGGAUGAGACGGAUCUAGAAUUACAGCUAGCAGAGCAACAACAGAGAGACCCUACACCAGAGAAGAAAGAUAUCUUUGAACAUAUGCCCUCGUCAUGCCAUUCAAUACUUAAGGUUCAAGCAGGUCGACCUCCAGGAAGCAAGGAUGUGACUUACGACGAGAAGGGAAAUGUGGUCUCAGUUAUUAGAUUAGAUGCAGAGAGACUUCCAUCUCACAGAGUAAAAACCAAGUUUGCGAUAGUUGAUCCAGCUGUUGAGGCAGCACAUGCUAGACUGAUUGCCAUGAGAACCGGCCGUUACAUCUCCAGCACGGAUAAAGCGUCUAAUACAAACGGCUCAGUGAGAAACGGGCAAAAUUCAAAGACUGGAGGCAACAUCAUGGCUAGCGCUAUGACGGUAGGCAGCGGAAACACAAUGACCACGCAUAUGAGAACGGCAUUUGAGAGCAACACUGUCAGUGGAGGCAUUACUCCCCUGCCCCCACCUCUUAUUGAAUCUAUGGAGCUAUCACCAGGCGUGAUCGUCAAGGAGGGCAAUCGCAUUAAACGAGGGCCAAAACUGCAGCUCCGUCACGGCGAGGCGGUCACGUCGGCCAAGCUGAGGUCCCUCCGACCGAUCGGCCGUGACGGCAACACUCAGCAGCAGAUCACCGUCGAGCACAUCCUAUCGUCGAGGUCACCCAUCCUCCGUCCGCUUCACUCCACCGAACCCAUCCCUCCGAUCAUACACCGCCCUUCACCACCCCAAGAGAGUGCUGUGUAAGAAAUACUCCUCAAGACACUUGAGAAGAAACUCAAUUGCGUGUCAUACCUCGAAAUCCGUCCAAGAGUUUUUCACAAUUUCUGAGCAGUAUUUUUUUACCGUUAUAUACUAAUAAUUCUAGUAUACAUAUGUAUACACCUACAGGGAUGAGAUUUUAAGUUCAGUCUUGUGUCCGAUUUCAGACUUUUUAAAGGUCUACCUGGUAAUAAAAAGAUGCUGUACUUUUCUCCAAAUUAAAUAAGACGUGCUCUUGGAUCUACUUCUCUAGCACCAAGGACACUGUUCCCAAAAGCUCCUUGGAGUCUGGAACUCCAAAGGGUGAUCAACAAAGGAUUUCAAUAUAGCCCCUAAGAUUUGAAUCACAGUUUCAGACUUUUUUUGUCGGCAAUGACUCUUAUCCCUGCACAUUUAAUAUGUGUAUUAUUAUGUACAUAUAAUUUGUCCGAGCCAUCGUUUGAAAGAGUAGAGACUUUAAAAUUGAACCUCUUUACUGUGUACUUUGGGACUGUCCUCUAUGUAAAAAUGAUUGUACAUAUGGUGUGUUUUAUAGAGAUGAAACUGUGCAUUUAACUCUUGUAAUUUAUGGUUUAAUUAAGCAAUAUAUUUGUUGUUUUGGAUUGUGUUAACCCCUGAUAAUGCUGAUUAUUACUUCCAUAUGAGUACGAAACCUCAUCGCAGGAAGUAAGUGACAGGGAAACUGGUAUGUGGAUUUUUGAAAGGAGGUUUUGAAAGUUGGUGCAUCGGCUGACUCGACUAAUAGUCAGGAUCCUUGACUGUGAUUUUAAAUGCUUUUUCUUCUUGGAGAUUGCCUGGCACUGGUUGCCUGUAAAUUGCCUCGUGUGGCAUGGGCCUUGCGUCACAAGCUCAAACAGCGACUGUCAUUGGUCGAGAUCUGUGAGUGGCAUGCCAGGCAAGUUUUCAUUUUUGACCCCAAUAAUGGCGGCCUUUGUAAGGGAUCAAAAGUGGUGAAUUUGGGAGAAAAAAAACAUGACUUCAUAUCAAUGAGGCUUUUAUUGGCUUAAGCCUUGCUUAAUAAGCCUUGCUUAAUAAGCCUUGCUUAGAAUACCCUAUCACCAUCCAUUAAUAGUACCAAUACCAGGAACAGCCUGGACCGAUUUCAUAGAGCAACUUUGCUUACAAUGUUGUUUGCUUAGUAAAAAUUUGCAGGAUACCAGUCAUUCAUUGUACUAGUGACAUGGAAGUAACCUUAAUGUGGUAGGUGUAAAUUUGUUGUGCUUAGCCAC